AUGCCCUUUCGCUGGUAUUGCCUCCCUUUGCUUCUUGUGGCUCACGCUCACGCCAUAUCGAUCUCUGUCUCUUCGUCAGGCGGAAACGACACCAGUCCGCUCGAAUAUGGACUGAUGUACGAGGAGAUCAACCAUUCCGGAGACGGAGGUUUAUAUGCAGAAUUAGUCCGCAAUAGAGCUUUUCAAGGCAGUACUGUGUAUCCCUCCACAUUGGACGGGUAUGAGGGCGUCAAUGAUGCGGUCCUGUCCCUGAAAAACCUCAGUGUUCCGUUGUCCUCCGCGCUUCCUACCUCAAUGAAUGUCAAGGCGGGCCGUACGCACGGCACAGUUGGCUUUUCAAACGCUGGCUGGUGGGGAAUUGAUGUGCAGCGACAGAAGUAUACGGGAUCAUUCUAUGUGUCAGGAUCGUACAGUGGCAAAUUCACCGCGUCCUUGCAGUCGUCCAUCUCUAAGGAGACGUUCGCCAGCGCCACGAUCCCGGCCCGCCACGCGGCGCACGAUGGGUGGACACAGUACGAAUUUGAAUUGUUUCCCAAAAAGGCCGCCUCGAACGUAAAUAACACUUUGAUCAUUACUUUUGAUGCACAGCAUGCGAAAGAUGGCUCGCUCGACUUUAACCUCAUCAGCCUAUUCCCGCCCACAUACAAGAAUCGGCCAAACGGCUUGCGAAUUGAUUUGGUGGAGGCGUUGGCUGAGCUUGGAACGAAAUUCCUUCGCUUUCCCGGCGGGAGUGACAUAGAGGGAAUGACGGCACCGUACUGGUAUAACUGGGAGGAAACAGUCGGACCACUUAAGGAUCGCCCUGGUCGGCCAAGCGCCUGGACAUAUGAGGAGAGCGAUGGCUUGGGCCUGAUGGAUUAUAUGCUUUUGUGCGAUGACCUUGGACUUGAACCGAUUCUUGCCGUAUGGGAUGGUCAUUACCUAUCCAAUGAGGUCAUCGCCGAAGACCAACUUGAACCCUACAUUAACAGUACCCUGAACCAGAUUGAGUUCCUGACAGGCGCCGUCGACACCCACUUUGGUGCAAUGCGAGCGUCUUUGGGCCAUCCAGCGCCAUGGAGCAUCAAGUAUGUCGAAAUCGGUAAUGAGGACAACCUCUACGAUGGUGAGGCCAGCUACUUGGCGUAUCGAUUCCAGGCAUACUAUGAUGCCAUCAAGGCCAAGUAUCCAGACAUCAUCGUAAUGGGGUCCAUGGUUGGGUUCGGGCAAUACAAGGGAGCGGCCGAUGACUAUCAUCAGUACACGACUCCGGAUGGAUUCGUGUCUCAAUUUAACUAUUUCGACCAGCUCGAUGAUAAUAACAGAACCUUGAACGGCGAAGUCGCCACGGUUUAUCCGAACAAUCCCACCAACUCGGUCGCCUGGGGCAGUCCGUUCCCAGAAUAUCCUUUCUGGAUCGGCUCCGUCGCCGAAGCUGUCUUCUUGAUUGGAGAGGAGCGCAAUUCGCCUCGGAUCAUCGGCGCCAGCUACGCACCUUCCUUUCGAAACAUCAACGGCUGGCAAUGGUCACCCUGCCUCAUUUCUUACUCGGCUGAUCCAUCGCAAACCAGCCGCUCCACGAGCUGGCAUGUUAUUAAGCUCACCGUCAUCCAGCUUCUCGCUCAAAAUCACAUCACGCACAAUCUCCCCACAACCGCCACAGACGGCGGCUAUGGUCCCUUGUACUGGGUGGCUGGGCGUGAUGACACUGACGGCUCUCAUCUGUUCAAAGUAGCCGCGUACAACAGCACUGCCGACACUCCUGUCUCCUUGACCUUCGAAGGCAGCUCAUCGCACUCUGCCACUCUGACGGUGCUCUCUGCCGCGGAUCCCAUGGCGUCCAAUGUGGUAGAUGGCCCAGAAGUGGUGGAAACGCACAAGUUGGCGCUGAAAGCUGGGCAUUCGGGAGCGUUUGAGUUCUCAUUGCCUUCGCUGAGCGUGGCUGUUCUGCGAACAAAUUAA